CGGCUCCGCCAUCCAACCGCAGCCUGAUUCCAGCGCUCCCACUUUUGGCCGACUCCGCAGCCCAUCGGCGUUUCGCGCCGCCAUGGAUCUCGCCGCCAUCUACGAGAGCCUCCUGUCGCUGAGCCCUGACCCACCAUCUGACCACGGAGAGACCGAGUCCAGCCCGGGCUGGGCCUCCUCCGGGCUCUGGAGCCUCAGCUCAUCCGACAGCAGCCUGGCUGGGGUGGGUGCCCGCCUGCCUGGCCGCUCCACCAGCCUGGUGGAGGGUCGAAGCUGUGGCUGGGUGCCGCCACCCCCAGGCUUCGCCCCCCUGGCUCCCCGCCCAGGCCCUGAACUGUCGCCCUCACCCACCUCACCUACUGCAACCCCCACCACCUCAUCCCGGUACAAGACUGAGCUAUGUCGGACCUUCUCAGAGAGUGGGCGCUGCCGCUAUGGGGCCAAGUGCCAGUUUGCCCACGGUCUGGGCGAGCUGCGCCAGGCCAGCCGCCACCCCAAGUACAAGACCGAACUCUGCCACAAGUUCUACCUCCAGGGCCGCUGCCCCUACGGCUCACGCUGCCACUUCAUCCACAACCCCAGCGAAGAUCUGGCCGCCCCAGGCCACCCCCAUGUGCUGCGCCAGAGUAUCAGCUUCUCAGGCCUGCCCUCCGGCCGCAGACCAUCACCACCACCAGCAGGCCUGGCAGGCCCUUCCCUGUCCUCCUGCUCCUUCUCUCCCUCCAGCUCCCCACCACCACCACCUGGGGACCUUCCACUUUCACCCUCUGCCUUCUCUGCCGCCCCUGGGACCCCGGUGGCCCGAAGGGACCCCACUCUGGCCUGUUGCCCCUCCUGCCGAAAGGCCACCCCCAGUAGCGUCUGGGGGCCCUUAGGUGGCCUGGCUCGGAGCCCCUCUGCACACUCGCUGGGAUCUGACCCUGACGAAUACGCCAGCAGUGGCAGCAGCCUGGGGGGCUCCGACUCACCUGUCUUCGAGGCUGGGGUUUUUGGGCCACCGCAGCCGCCUGCAGCCCCCCGGCGACUCCCCAUCUUCAACCGCAUCUCCGUUUCUGAGUGACAAGUGCCCACCCAGUACAGACCAGCUGGAUCUCAAGGGGGCCAUUUCUCUUUUGCCGCGGGCUCCACAGGGGCCCUGGGGGCUGUGGGAAACUGCGGGACUCAAUCAAGUAGCCUCCCCGCACUUUCCAAAGUGCAUUAACCCACUCCCCUGACCCCACGCUGGGGCAGGUCCCCAGUGUACAAGCUCGGUGUUGGUGGUGUUGGCGGAAGGAGAGUUUUCCGGGGUCUUGUAAAAAAAAAAAAAAAUGUAGCAGAUUUGAGGAAGGCAGUGAGCCCUCUACCCACCCCUCCCUUUCCCAAUGCUGUGAA